AUGGCGUCGCUCGUCAGGUCGCCGUCCCUUCUCGCCGCGGCCCCCUCUACACACACUUCGCAACAACCAAUUACGCGUCCACGCCAACGACGCGCCGUCGUCUCCUUUCCGUCAUCCCGCAACCUCGCAUCCUCCUCCUCGCCGCACCGCAUGUCGAAUGCCCUUCCGCACUCUCUCCACUCUCGAACUGCUCGCCAAUCAGAUUCUCCAAAGUCCGCGCGGCUCGACGUGGUUGCGGCUGCCACAGUGACGCGUCCCGCGCAGAGCUCGUCGGACGACUCGGCGUGGAGCAACAGCAGCGGCCACGACGAGCAUCACCAUCAUCAGCACGAUCACGACGCGGCGGCGCUGGAAGCGCAUCACCAUUUGAGCGAGGAGGACUUCGCGCAGCGAUGGGUGCGGCAGAAGCGUCGCAUCGUGCUCUUCGUCGAGCCCUCGCCUUUCGCGUAUGUCUGCGGGUACAAGAACCGAUUUCAAAACUUCAUUCGCUACCUGCGCGAACACGGCGACGAGGUGCUAGUGGUGACGACGCACAAGGGCGUGCCGGACCACUUCCAUGGCGCCAAGGUCGUGCCCUCCCUCAGCUUCCCUCUGCCGUUCUACCCCAUCCUACCGCUCUCCCUGGCGCUCAGUCCGCGCAUCUACAAGGCCGUGCGGGACUUCCGCCCUGACGUCAUCCACGCCACGUCGCCUGGGGUCAUGUGCUUCGGCGCGCUGGUGAUCGCGAAGCUGUUGAGCCGGCCACUCGUGUUCUCCUACCACACACACGUGCCCGCCUACAUCCCCAAGUACACCUUCACCUUCCUCGUCGGCCCCAUGUGGGCUGUCAUCCGCUUCGUGCAUCUAGCGGCGGAGGUCACGCUCGUCACCUCGCACGUUCUCGGCCAAGAGCUGCUCGCCGCCGGCGCAUCUGCUGCGGGGCGGCUGUGUGUGUGGAGGAAGGGCGUGGACUGCGAGACCUUCCACCCCAGAUUCGCCUCGCACGACAUGCGCUACACGCUCACGGGUGGCGAGCCGGAGAAGCCGCUGUUGGUGCACGUGGGGCGACUGGGCGCGGAGAAGAACCUCGAGAUGCUCAAGCCCAUCUUGGACCGGCUGCCAGGCGUGCGGAUGGCGUUUGUGGGCGACGGGCCACACAGGGGCACUCUAGAGAGGCUGUUUGAGGGCACGCCCACGGUGUUCACGGGCAUGCUGUCAGGCGAGCCCCUCACCGCCGCCUACGCCUCUGCCGACGUCUUCCUCAUGCCCUCCGAGACCGAAACCCUCGGCUUUGUCGUCCUCGAGGCCAUGGCUGCUGGUGUGCCCGUCGUUGCUGCUCGCGCCGGGGGCAUCCCGGAUAUUAUACACCGCGACGGGGAGACGGGGUUUUUGUUUGCCCCUGGGGAUGUGGAGGAUGCUGUGGGGAAGGUGCGCAUGCUGUUGGACUCACGGGAGCUGAGGGAGCGAGUGAGGACGGCAGCGAGGGAGGAGGUGGAGGGGCUGGACUGGCGCGCAAGCACCAUGGGGGUGCGUGAUGUGCACUAUGCAGCCGCCGUGCACCAGUUUAUUAAGAAACGGGCGGCUAAGGAGUGGCUUCCGUGGUGGACCAAGGGUCGCGAGUGGGCAUGCUUGCUCAGGGGGGUGCUGGGAAGGCAACCAGGGCAGGACGAGCACAUGCAGAGUGCGUGA